UGCACGCACACCGAGACAGGGGACUGAGUGAGCAGUCCUGCUCGCUGUCACAAACCCGGCGGAGAUCGGAGAGAAAGGAGCGCACUGCCGGUGCUGCCGGGAGAGGAGACCAACAGAGCGAGGGAGAGCGAGAAAGAGAGAGAGAGACAUACACUAAGCGUCAAGGAGAGAGAGAGAGAGAAAGAGAGAGAGAGGCUGGAGGAGCGAGCAUAGAAGAGCGUGUUUCAGCGAAGAAACGCACAGUUUGGAGGAGGAGAGCGGAGAGGCUGCACGUCUGUUUUCUCCCGAUCAGUUUUACGCACGCCCGAACUGCCUCGUCCACGAGAUCUUGUGUUACCUUUUACGCAAGAACGGGCUGUUAUGGGGACAGUAUAUUAAGAGGAAAAAUCUAUGGGAAAGUCCGCUUUUUCUUUCUUAAUCACAUGUGCUUUUGCCAAGUAAACGCGCAAUUGGGAAAGAGAACCUGAUUUUGGGAUAUUUUAUCGAGACGACGAGGAAACAGUUUUUUUUAAAAAGGUUUUAUCAAACUUAAUGGUUGCAGUAUAGUUCUGCUGAUGUCCGUUGGCUUCACCCAGUGAUUUCUACCUUGUUAAAAUUCACGAUUUAGUCUGUCGAGGUUUCUAUUCCCACACGUUGUGACUGAUAAAGGGACACAUUGCUGCAGAUUGUGCGCACCGCAAUGGAUUUUGAGGGUUUAAAAAUGUGUGCAGAGUAGAAAUCGCGCUGAUUUCAAAUCAAUAUGCGCAGAUAAGUUUCCAGCAUAAAAUAGGACGCACACACUGACAAAGCUCGUACAAACAGUGUUUAUAAACAGCGAGAUAUUCUUGGAGAGGCUGGUGAACGCAACCCGGCAUUUGUGGUGGAUUUUUGGCACUACUUGUGUUGCGCUUCAAAUCGAGAACUGUGGAAAAGGAGACGAAAAGAGGGAGUUUGGACUGUAGCUUUGUCUCAGAUAUACAAAAUAAAACCACAGAGGAGGAGAAGAAGUGUUUUUUUUUCUCCACAUCCGAAGGGAAAAGAUGGAUUUACUCAUAUGGCUUUGUGGAUGUUUACUGGCUUUUCUCUUGCCGUCAGCAGUCAAAGCAGAGGAAGGAGCAGCUGAGCCAUGUGGUGGCUUUUUAGAUGCAAGCGAUGCUGGCUACAUCACCACCCCGGGCUACCCACUGGAGUACCCACCUCACCAGAAUUGUCGCUGGGUCAUCACAGCCCCUGAGCCUUCGCAACGCAUCGUCCUCAACUUCAACCCGCACUUUGAGAUAGAGAAACUGGACUGCAGGUAUGACUAUGUGGAGAUCCAUGAUGGGAACUCAGAGUCGGCUGACCUACUGGGGAAGCACUGCAGCAACAUUGCCCCUGCACCAAUCAUAUCAUCAGGGCCAUCACUCCACAUCAAGUUCGUAUCUGAUUAUGCCCACCAGGGGGCGGGCUUCUCGCUGCGCUACGAAAUCUUCAAAACAGGUUCAGACUGUUCCCGUAACUUCACCAGUCCCACGGGUCUCAUUGAGUCCCCGGGCUUCCCUGACAAAUACCCCCACAACCUGGAGUGUUCCUUCAUCAUCAUUGUCCCACCCAGCAUGGAUGUCACCCUCACCUUCCUCACCUUUGACCUGGAGAAUGACCCUCUGCCGGGUGGAGAAGGGGAUUGCAAGUACGACUGGCUGGAAGUCUGGGACGGGCUCCCAGGAGUGGGCCCUCUGAUUGGUCGAUACUGUGGGACCAGGGUCCCUCCUGAGAUCCAAUCAUCUACUGGGAUUCUCUCUCUGUCCUUUCACACUGACAUGGCUGUGGCUAAAGAUGGCUUCUCAGCUCGAUACAACAUGACACACAAGGAAGUCAGUGAGACUUUCCAUUGUAGUAAUGCAUUCGGCAUGGAGUCAGGAAAAAUCACAGAUGACCAGAUCACAGCUUCGUCAAGUUUCUACGAUGAACACUGGCUGCCACGACAGGCCCGACUCAACUACAACGACAACGGAUGGACACCCAACGAAGACAGCAACAGGGAGUACAUACAGGUGGACCUCCAUACCCUGAAGGUUCUUACAGGCAUCGCCACCCAGGGAGCCAUUUCGAAGGAAACUCAAAAGGCUUACCACGUCACCACCUUCAAGCUGGAGGUCAGCACCAAUGGGGAGGACUGGAUGGUCUACAGACAUGGCAAGAAUCAUAAGGUUUUCCAUGCCAAUACUGACGCUACUGAGGUGGUCCUGAAUCGGAUCCCACAGCCAGUCCUGGCCCGUUUUGUGCGUAUCCGACCUCAGACCUGGAAAAACGGCAUUGCACUGCGGUUCGAGCUUUACGGCUGUCAGAUUACGGAUGCGCCCUGCUCAGAGCUGCAAGGCAUGUUGUCUGGGCUGCUACCCGACUCCCAGAUAUCUGCGUCAUCCAUGAGAGACAUCCACGGCUCGAUGGGGGCUGCCAGGCUGGUGGCCAGUCGGUCAGGCUGGUUUCCCAACCCGACACAACCCAUAGCUGGAGAAGAGUGGCUACAGGCAGACCUUGGUGUGCCCAAGAUGGUGCGUGGGAUUAUUACCCAGGGUGCAAGAGGGCUGGAGGGCAGCACCAGCGCUGAGAACAGAGCAUUUGUCAGGAAGUACAAACUGGCACACAGCUUGACCGGCAAAGACUGGACUUACAUUACUGACAGCAAGACUGGGUUCGCUAAGAUUUUCGAAGGAAAUGGCCACUAUGACACUCCAGAGGUGCGGAGGUUUGAUGAGAUAGUGGCUCAGUACAUCAGAGUCUUUCCGGAGAGGUGGUCGCCUGCUGGGAUCGGCAUGAGGAUGGAGGUCCUUGGCUGUGACCUGCCUGAAACCACCACUGUACCUGACACCGUGACCCCCACCCUGCCCAGAGAGGAACAGACGACUGCUGCAAUGAGACCCGCCACCACUCCGUCCCUGUCGGCUGUUUGUGACUUUGAGCAGAGCUUGUGCGGCUGGUCGGCUGAUCCCCAGUCAGGUGUGAGCUGGUCCCUGCACACGGCCAGCAGCAGUUCAACCGGACACGGUACACAUGGAACGAGGCAGGAUUUGGCGCUGGGAUCAGACAAUUUCUCAGGGAACUACCUCCACCUGGAUGCAGGAGCCCACACCCAGCGCAAGCGAGCCCGGCUGCUGAGCCCUGAGGUGGGGCCAGAGCAAGGUCCACUCUGCCUCGUCUUCUACUACCAGCUCCAGGGGGAGGCGCUGGGAAGUCUGAGGGUCCUUUUGAGGGACAGUGACCAGGAGGAGACUUUGCUAUGGGCUCUAAAAGGAGACCAGGGAUCUCACUGGAGGGAGGGCCGCACCAUCCUGCCCCAAAGCCCAAAGGAGUAUCAGGUGGUGUUCGAGGGUUUUUUUGAUCACCCGACCAGAGGCCACAUCAGAAUAGAUAACAUCCACAUGAGCAGCAGCAUCGAGCUGGAGCAGUGUACACAGCCUUUCCCUGCCUUAACUCCUGGCAUAACCAGGGGUGCCAUGUCUGGGAUGGAGCCCACAGUAGACACAGUGGCGGUGCAGCCUGUCCCUGCCUACUGGUACUAUGUGUUGGCAGGAGGCGGUGCCCUCUUGCUGCUGGUCACUGUAACCGUGGUGGUGAUACUUUGCUGCCAUCGGUACCACUGGGCGACCAAGAAGACCAGUCAUCAUCAUUCAGUGAUGUACCACAACAGCCAGCAUCCAAGUCAGCAAGGUCACCAAAACUGCUACCAGAACCAAAACCUCAACUAUAAUCUGAUCCACAGCCCCAACCAAAACCACCUGUACCCAGGUACUGGGCAGAGUCUUGAACCCAUGCUCACCAUCAGACUGGAGAAAGAUGACAACUAUGAUUCCCAGUGUUGAAAACAACUGGACUACAUGUGAAUGAUAUAAUUUUAUUAGAAUGCUAUGUUCAACUAAAGUGAUCGACAGGCGUGAAAAUAAAUGAUCAGCAGCAGUAUUCAGCAUAAUCGCCGCUCUUGACUGAUGAGAACCGACAUGGAGGAGACACUGCAUCUUGCAUCUAAUCAAUUGAUCAGGAUGCACCUUUGCUAAACCUUCUUGUUGGCUGGAACUGGCAGAAUGAACUCCUGACAAAAAAAAUUACAUCCCUCAGUGAGCAGAGCAGAUGAAAGAUCUUCAUUUGCCAAUUCUGAUGGCUGAUGAGUGCAACUUUUUUGGAUGUACUUAAGUGAAUGCAGGCUUCUACAGCUGCACUCCCAACCUGACAAUGAAAUGGAUUAUGAUCAGAAUAAGAUGUAAAUCACAGGUUGGCUGCCUAGCAGACUGUGGACAAAACAGGUACAUGCAGUGAGUGUUGUAACAGUCUGUCUACCCUGCUCUGAUCUGCAGCCUGGACACUGCCUGCCUCCAAAUACCCUCUCUGACAGAGAAAGGAUUUACACACAGGUACAGGGAGAUAGAAGUCACAAUGUGUGCUGCAUAAAGAAAGACGGCUAUUUCUUUGGGUCUGACUGAAGCUGCUGUUUACUUGUCCACUAGCCUUUGAGAGACUGAGAGUGACAGAGACAGAUUAAGAACAGAAAAGGAAGAGGUGUAGGAAGAAUUAGUGCUGCCCGUCCAGCCGUGACAGAUAGACAGCCACACAUCCACCGUGGCUGCCUCCUUUGGUGUGUGAACCGGGGCAGGGGAGGUUGGGGGGGGUGGGAUCAGUGUUGUGCUGUUCUCUGUCUGGUUUACACGAGGGAAAGAUAGGAUGAGACAGCUUACAUUGCAUCCUGCAGGCCUGGAAACAAACACACAAAGGCUCACACACAUAUGCACGGACACUUCAAGUCUUUUCACCGGCUAAUGAUUGAGUCUCACGUUACCCUGAGUGCAUUUUUCUUUUUGUUUCAUUACAUCCUGAUAUGCCUUUUUUUUAUUAAAUGUGCUUUAAAACUAUUACCUCACCUCCAGAACGAGGUAGUGCCUCAGUGUCAAAUUAGAGAAUGAAUGGACUCUGCACAGUUUUUAUUUUUGCCUGGAUCUCAUGGAUAAUCCAAUGCCUGUGUCUGUUACGGUCCAGACUAAACAUCUCUAUAUGACAUGCACAAAUUUAGACUGGGUGAAUGAAACAAAUCCAAGUAUCAUGUGUAUUCUAAAGCUACAGAUCUACUUUUCUGUCUGUGCAGGUUAAAAUCUUUUCUUGUGUUAUCCUACAUGACAGAAUGUUUUGCAUAUUAACCUGAAAAUGUGGUCCUCUUGGAAAAUUGUCAGUUUUGCUUAUAUUCGACAGGUGAGACCAAAACAUAAGCUGUGAGACAGUAUUUUAGAAAACAGGAUCACUGGACAGUUCCUUUGAUCGUUUAAUUCACUGUGAUCUGUCAAAAAAAGAAAAAAGACUGAUUUGAGUGCAGCACUACUGUCACAUCCCCUCACACAGGUUUCUUGGUGUUUUCUUAAUCAUCUGUUUAACUAUGUGUGUGUUAGCAUUCUCUUUUUUCUUUUCAUAUUUUCCAAUAUUGAUUAGAGUUCAGAUGAGUUUGCAUAAAACUAACGAGAGGAGUCGGUUGGGUUACAUGUUAUUUUGUAAUGUUGAGAGUAAAAUUAGCACUUUUCUGCUUCUUAACAAUCAUUUAUUGAACACUGAUGAUUUAUGACGAUUUCUUACUUUUACUGUGAAUCUUAAUAUAUAAAAUAUGUUGAGUAAUGUACUGGUUGUGGAUUAAAUACCGUUUAUUUCUUUUUAAUCACAUGUUACAGUAGGCCUACAUGUGUUUUGAUGUAUAAUAGUUAUACAGUGUUUAUUUUUUAUACUAACUAUUGCUUUAAGGCAACAGUCAUGUUGAUUGUGUUCACUGAGAUGAUCUUAACAACUUUUCUUGACUUUCAUUUAAUGCUCAAGUUGAAGCCAUUUUGCAACUACAAAUGUUUGUCCCUCAUUUAAAGCAUCCAGCUUCAAGCUUAAAUCAGACAAGGACAUGGAAACACAUGGUCCAGAAAACAUAUUCAUUUUCCUGGUUUUGGUUUUCCCAGAUCUAACUUCUAUUCAGAUCCGCGUCUGUGGAUUGGGCGCACCACUAUGGCACUUAUUUUUUCGGGAAUUCUCAGCAGCUCACCAUCUUGUGUUCUGUGCUACCCUCCACCCAAACCCCCUACAUCAUUUUGUUCAUGCCCAAAUCCCCCAGCCUUUUUAUCAAAACCCGCUUGUUCCUAUUCUACUCCUUCCCUUCAUCACAAAUCCUCCCAGUAAAAAACACAGGAGAGAAAAUGAGAGGCAGAAAUGGAGGAGAGCAAAAUCUCUCAGAGGAGAAGGGCCCAUUAAGCGAGGCCCCUUUCCCUCCAAAGAAUGCGCCCAGAGAUGGAGGAAGAUGAAAGAAGUAAAAAAAAAAAGAAAAGAAAAGAAAAGAAAAACCUGCUCACUAUACUUUCUAAAGAUAGAUUUUUCUCUUACUCCGAGAGGAGGCCUAACAGGGAGGCAGGUGGGGGUUUGGAUUGAAGGGUUUGGAUUGAAGAAUUGAAGGAGGAGGGCAGGAUGUUUGAAACACAAAAGCAGAUGAAAGAAGUCUUUUGGCAGAAUAGACAGUGUGAUGGAGACACACAUUAUAAGCACGGCACGCACACAGUCACACACAAUAUCUAACAAACAUAAACCCUGUGUUAGCAAAACAUCCCGAUUUCCUUGAUACAAAAUCAGUCAUUUAAAUCAUUGUUUCAUGCAUGUUUUAUAAUGUUAUCUACUCUGCAGCUCUCCAUAUUGACUUAUUUCAUUAAAUUGUCACCAUAAAAUGUGAUUUUGUGCGAUAGUCAACAAGUAUUUUAGCUUUUUUAUGCUUGCAUAUCCAUCUCUUUUCCCUCCCAUUUCAAUCGACUCGUGUAUGAUUUACACAUUAUAUGACCCAUUCUAGCAGACUCGUGCUGUAACCAAAUCAAUGUGGGUCCGAAAUUCAAACAGAGGAAUGAUAUAUGACCGUAUUUAUGCUGUGCUGCCAAUGCACUUUUCUCUUUUAUUCUCUCUCUCUGUCAAACUUUUUGCAAGAUUUGGAAAAUGGGCUGGCGUCUUUUCAUGCAACGCCUUUAAAUCAACCUUCCCUCACUCCCAGCUCCGUUCUCCAUCACAGACUACUUUGAAGCCCUUUAAUAUUUCUAAUUAGUUAAUGGAGCUGAUUGCAUUCAUAAAACCCUGCAGUAAGCACUUCUAGCCCUCAGGCCAUUUUUUUUUUUUACUUUCUGCCUCCUCCUCCUCCUCCUCUGUUUCCUGGAGAAAUAUUACGAGUGAAAGCACUCUAACAGGUCCUCAGGCCUGACUGGAACAGCGAAUGAUGCCAAAGAGCCAUCCAUGUCUUUGCCUGUGUAAAGAAAAAGAAAAAAAGAAAGCCCCCUUUUUAUUCCUCUCUUUGCUAAUUGGACAGUGGAGAUAAAAUGGGGCUACAGGGAGUUUUAAUCUCCUUUCAGAUCCGCAUGAUGAUUCUUCUUGGGAUCCUAGCCUGAGGGUUUUAAGCCAGGAUCAUUAGAAAGUGUUCAACAGUCGUCCAAAGAGUGUCCGAGUUUUUUUUUUUUUUUUUUUUAAUCAUGCUUCUUUUUCUAUCUCUCUCUCCGUUAGUGAUUUAAUGUUUUGUCAAGGCCUGUAGUGAUUUCAGUUGGCUGUGAGAAAGGAGAUUUUAGAGCCUGGAGGGUCUGUUGUGAGUCUGUAUAUUUGCAAAAUCAGAAGACGGACUGAUUAGGCACUUUCAUGUUCAUGAUCUAAACGUAGUCUUACAUGAAGAGUACAUUUCAGUAAGACUUCUAUAAAAAAUUAGAAUGUGCAGUGUGACUACUGGGAUCAGCCAUAUUUAGCUUAGCAGGUAUCCGUUGUUGUUGCAAUGAUAACUGCCUAUUAUUAUUUUAUUUCGCAAGAUGGUUAAAGGUCCAGUGUAUAAGAUGUAUGGGGCUCUAGGCAGAAUAUGAGUUAUAAUAUUCAGAAAUGUUUUUGAUUCUGAAAAGGAAAAAGGAUUAUUAUGCUUUUGUAGCCUUAAAAUUAGUCUACAUAUACCACAGGUCCACCAAAACUGCCAUAUUGAUCUGCAGUGUUUCUACAGUAGCCUAGAACAGACAAACGUGGCUCUAGGCAGUUUUUUUUUUUGUGUUUGUGGAACAUUUCACAGAUACCAUUGUUUCUCCUUCUUGCAAGGGAGGAAAGGGUAAUGUGAGGGGGUUGGAUUCAGCAACUACAAUUCCUACACACUGGUCCUUUAAGACUUCUGCCAACAUUAUUUGAAGUCGUGUUUAUAAUCUGCAGGCCACUCUGGAGUUUUCCAAGCUUACACGCUUUGAGAUGUCUCUCCGGUUGUUGUUUUUUGAUCACCUGCGUUUUACUGCUUUGUUGUCAUUUUUCACUUUUUCUGUGAUGUAAAAUCACAUAUUUUAGGAGUAAAGUACAACCACAUGUGAAGUAUAUGGAUAUUCAUAUAUCCACCUUUAUGAUGUCAUUUUUAUCAAAUGAAGCGAUGAUGUUAUUCUUUGAUUUCUUGUUCAAAAUAAUAUUUUAUUAAUCAGAAAGAUGUUUCCUGAUCAUUCUGAAACAUGGCCUCAGCCAGGGAUAAAAUUAAAAUAAAAAAUUAAAAUUAAAUUGAAUUGAAUUCAAGCUGUGAGUAGUGGUAGUGAGUAGUUUAAACUCAACCUGAAUAAAACCAGCCUUGACGUGGUAAACUGUCUAAACUGUUCAUCCCUGGCUUUAGCCACAUCACUGUUAUAUUUUCUGUGCACUUUCUCUGCCUCUGUGAAGGAAAGACCUUGAAUGUAUGAUUGUAUUUUUGACUUUGCGCUGGAUUUCACUGUCUUGCACUUCAAGCAAAUUAAAUAUUGAACUACAGAGAAACAAUGGAGGCACUGAUACACACAAUCGAAUAAUUAGAUAAGAAAAUUGUCAACAACUAAAAGUCUGAGAAUGAAUACACUCUAUUUCGCAUAGGAUUUGUUGGUUGCUGUAAUAUUUGAAUUGAAAUUAAAUUGAGUUAGCUUCUUUUGUUUAUUCUCUAAUUGGGUUUGGACAUCAAUUUUGGGUCAAUUGUAAACAAUUAAAGAGGUGAUUGAGUCACUCCUUUAAUUUCAAGGAAAUUAGAUCAUAUUUAAUCCAUGAGCAAAUAUUUUAAUUUCGUAGAUAGUAGGUCUCACUCAAAAGUGUUACUCUCUUGAUAAUAUUUACAGACUCAAGUGUCCUGGAAGUUCUUAAAGGCUGUUUUUAGAAGGUAUAAUCUGGAUGCUAAAGUUCUCUCAUAGAAAAAUGACCUUAUCUAACUGAGGAAAUGAGGUUCUCUAUCUUUUUUCAUAUCUGCUAAAUUAGUUUUUCACCUCUUGUCUUUUGAAUAUCUAUUACAGUUUCACUUCAUAAUGUCUUUUUGGUUCCUUUGCCACAGCAAUAAAUGAUUAUCAGCUGCCCAGAUAUUGCUCCAUUUUUUUCUGAGGAUUGUAAUAUCAAUUUCCUUGAAUAAAACUGAAUUGAAGCAGAAUUGAGCCUCCAAACCCUUCAAAGCCUUGCACUUCGGCCUGCCUCAGAAAUAUAAUGUGGUAUUUUAGCUUGUUGAAUUUCAUGGUCUUGGAAUAAAUAUAAAAAUAUAUUGUGGGGAAUGUGAAGGUAAUAUUAAAAAGUGAUAUUUUUCUA